UGCGGGGCGGCGGGAUGCGGGGCGGCGGGCCCGGGCUCGGUCUCGGGCUGUGCCUGCUGCUGGCCCUGGCGGGGCCCGGCGAGGCCCUGCAGAACGUCACCGCUCAGCUCUUCGGGACGGAGGCCUACGGGACCUUGGCGGCAUUCGGAGACUUCAACUCGGACAAGCAGACGGACCUGUUCGUGCUGCGGGGCGGAAAUGAGCUAAUUAUCUUUUUGGCUGACCAAAAGGAACCCUACUUUAAGCCCCGUGUUAAGUUACCAAUGAAAUCUCUUGGUGUUACCAUAACCAGUGUAGUUCCUGGAGAUUAUGAUGGUGAUUCACAAAUGGAUGUCCUCCUGACUACCCGGGCACAAAAUCACGGCAAAGAUGAACUUUCAGUGUUUAUUUUUUGGGGGCACAACCAAACAUUAGAUCUUAACCAUAAAAGUAUGAUAAAUAAGACUUUUCAUGAUGAGCCUCUAGUAAUGGACUUUAAUGGAGACUUGAUUCCUGACAUCUUUGGUGUCACAACCGAUUCAAAUAAGCCUCAGAUCUGGAUAGGCGGGAACUUGUCAUGGCAUGCUGUGUUGGAAACUCAAAGUACAAUGUAUAUACCACACUCUCAUGCAUUUAUAGACUUAAAUAAUGACUUCACUGCUGAUUUAUUCCUUACUACAUCACCACAUUCAAACCCAGAAAACAUUCAGUUUGAGGCAUGGGUAAAUAAGGAUGGGAAUUUCACUAAGCCUGGAAAAAGUAAGGAAAUGCCUAGUGGUGUGAAAGUUGUUGGACAAUCUGUGUUUGCAGAUUUUGAUGGGGAUGGACAAAGUGAGCAUUUAUUACCAGUCUGCGAAGACAUAACAUGUCACAGAAGUGCCAUUUACUUAACUAAGCAUGGAUUGGAUCAGUGGAUUCCAGUCUUGCAAGACUUCAGAAAUAAAGACACACUUUGGGGCUUUGUACCAUAUCAAAAUAACAAAUCUUCAACAGAAGUUUCAUUUCCAAUUACGCUUCAUAUUGGUGAUUACAAUAUGGAUGGCUACCCAGAUGCUCUUGCUAUACUACGGAACACAUCUGGAAGCAAUCAACAAGCAUUUUUACUAGAAAAUGUCCCAUGCAAUAAUGUAAGCUGCAAGAGUGUACGUCGGAUGUUUAAAGUUUUUUGGGAGCUGUUUGAUCUAAAUCAAAUCAAGGAUGCUGUGGUGGCAACCUUCUUUGACAUAUAUGAAGACGGAAUCCUGGAUAUCAUUGUGCUAAGCAAAGGCUCCUCCAAAAAGGACUUUGCUAUCCAUACAUUAAAAAAUAACUUUGAAGCAGAUGCCUACUUUGUAAAAGUUAUUGUUCUCAGUGGCCUGUGUUCUAAUGACUGUCCUCGGAAAGUAACACCUUUUGGUGUUAAUCAGCCUGGUCCUUACAUCAUGUACACUACUGUAGAUGCAAAUGGAUACCUGAAAAAUGGGUCAGCUGGACAGCUUAGCCAAUCAGCACAUUUUGCUCUCCAGUUGCCAUACAAUGUGCUAGGCUUGGGACGUAGUGCUAAUUUCCUUGACCAUUUGUAUGUUGGAAUUCCUCGUCCUUUAGGAGAAAAGUCCAUAAGAAGACAAGAAUGGACAGCAAUCAUUCCAAACUCCCAGCUUAUAGUCAUCCCCUAUCCUCAUAAUGUUCCUCGAAGCUGGAGUGCCAAGCUGUAUCUGACCCCAAGUAACAUUGUGCUGCUAACAGCUAUAGCCUUAAUUGGUGUCUGCGUUUUCAUCCUGGCAAUAAUUGGCAUAUUACACUGGCAAGAAAAGAAAGCAGAUGACAGAGAGAAGCGACAGGAGGCUCAUCGGUUCCAUUUUGAUGCUAUGUGACAUGCCUUAAUAUUUAUGAAGGAGAUGCUACUCAUUUGCUUAAUUGAAAUACUAAAUUCUGAUUUGUGAAAUGAUUACCGUGAAAAUACUGCUGGUGUGCUAUUUGUAAAUGUUGCGUUAUUUGGUAUUUAUUUGGAAAGUAUUAAAAUUAAACCUGAAUGUCUUGCAAGGCCUGUCAGUUAACAAACUGUAUAUAACAACAUUUGGUCUUUAUUUAACAGAACUGUAAAUUUAUUUUUCUUAGUAAAGGGAUCAAAUUGCAUGUACUAUUGUUUAUGUUUCACCAUUUCUUUAGUACUGUUUGAUAGAAGGAAAGUUGUGUAAAUAAAGUUCAGCAUUUCAGUGAGCAGAAUACUUUGUACCACUUCAACUGGGCUUGUUAUUUGUACAGUCCUUGCAAAAUAACCUGCAUUUCUGAAAAAUAAGCUUGAGCAAUUUCUCAGAUGACUUGAUCAUUAUUUUGAUUGUACUAAAUGGUGCUCAACGUCAAGUAUUCUGUAUUUUUAUUCAUUUAAAUCCAUAUGUGCAAUAGUUAAAGAAUUUAGGAACUGGAGAACUACAAGAAACCUGCAAUGUUAGUGCUAGUGCAUUAGCUCAUCAUGGAAUAGAUGCAGUAUUUAUGUGUGUUAGUUCUAGAGAGAAGACAACGUAUUAAAAAAUUAAAAUAAUUUAAAUGUAUCAGCAUUGCAUAAACUGCUUUUAUUAUUACAUUAUAACCACAUUUAUUUUAGAAAGGCCAAAAGUCACUAUGAAUUUUAUUUUAUUUUUAAUAUAAGAAGGUUAUGGUAUUUUUUUGUUUGGUUUUGUUUUUAAAGAAUAAAUAUUUUAGAACAGAAGGAGAAUUAAGAUUGGCUCCCUAAAAUUUAGUGCUAAGAGAUGAGGUAUACAAAGAUUUUAUUAAGAAUAGGACACUCAGAAUAAGCAAUGGAUGAUUAUCUAAGUGCACUACCAUACCCAAAUUUUGUAAGGCUGUAAUAAUUACGUAAGACACAUAGUUCAACUUUAUGUAUUUAAAAUGGUGAUAAUGUUACAGUUGCUCAGUGUACUCCUGGAAGAGUCUCUAAAAUAAUCAUGCUUUUAUUUAAGAGUUAUUCUUUAGUGAUACAAGUUUACAUAGUCAGGUAUGUAUUCAGUCUGUCAGUUUGCAUUCCUAAUAAAUACUGUUUGGUAAACUACAACACCUUCCGCAACCAACUACAAAGCAUUGGGUCUCACAGGCAGUCACCUCUGCAGGAGAUGAUCUUCUUCGGUCUGACACGUGUCUGGUAACCUGCUGCCCUGUAACAUAACCUUUGCUUGUCAAUACAGCCACAGAAAAGGGAGCAGGCACAAAGAUGAACUAUGUCCACCCUGAGUCACAGACAAACCAUUUGUUACCAUGGCAGUGCUGAACAGUGACCCAUUCAUACAGCAGCACCAAGCCAAAAAUCAGAAAAGUACUCUAAGUGGUCUACUAAGCUAUUAAGUUUCACUAGAUCUUUCUCUUAUCAACUGAUCAGAUGCCAACAAAGGAGACUUCAAUAUUAAAUUACUGUUAUUAUUCAGGAUAGCAUAUUCUGUGAUUCUAUGAUUUCUUUAAUGCACACUUUUAAUAUUUCUCUUAGAGUAGUAUGAAAAGGAAGAUUUUUUUAGAUAAAUACUUCAUGCUAUUGGACUUUUAGCUCCAGACCACGAAAGUAAUAACAGGUUUCAUUAUUAAAAGGGAGCACAAUUCAAUAUCUUUUCCUGUCUUUUUAAGAUAGUUGAAGAAUAAGGCUAAACGCAUGAUGCCUUUAUGGCAGCUAAGUUGUCUGUAGCCCUCAAUCACAAUAUAAUAAACAUAGAUUAGCCUCCUUACAUUUUUUGGAAAAACAAUUAGGAAUUAAAUAACCUCAUGCUGACAUUUAAGCUGUUAUCAAGUUAACAAAACAAUUAACUCAGUAUCUUUUGCUUAAAGGUAUUUUGCAUGCUCAGUUGUGCAUCACUGCAUCAUUUUAAUAACAGUCCAUUAUUGGCCCUUUAAUAGCUUUCUUACAAUGAAGUUUACCACAGGUUCUAACUGCUCAUAGCUUGGCUCACAACAGUAUAUGCAUACUGUUUUGAAUUAAAGUAUUAGAUAUUGUUCAA